CGCAAGCAUGAAGGACGGCGGGGACUCCAAGGACCAGCAGCUCACGGUGGCGCUCCGGGUUCGGCCCAUCAGCGUGGCGGAACUGGAGGAAGGAGCCACCCUCAUCGCCCAUAAAGUGGACGAGCAGAUGGUGGUUCUCAUGGACCCGAUGGAGGACCCCGAUGACAUCCUGCGGGCACACCGGUCCCGAGAGAAGUCCUACCUGUUCGACGUGGCCUUUGACUUCACUGCCACCCAAGAGAUGGUGUACCAGGCCACCACCAAGAGCCUCAUCAAAGGCGUCAUCUCAGGCUACAACGCCACUGUCUUCGCCUAUGGCCCCACAGGCUGCGGGAAGACCUACACCAUGCUGGGCACGGACCACGAGCCCGGCAUCUAUGCCCGGACCCUCGAUGACCUCUUCCGCGCCAUCGAGGAGACCAGCACUGACAUGGAAUAUGAGGUGUCCAUGUCCUACCUGGAGAUCUACAAUGAGAUGUUCAUGAUAGACCUGGCCGGCUCCGAGCGCGCGUCCCAGACACAGAACCGUGGGCAGCGCAUGAAAGAGGGGGCCCACAUCAACCGCUCCCUCCUGGCCCUGGGCAACUGCAUCAACGCUCUGAGCGACCGGAGCAGCAACAAGUACAUCAACUACCGCGACAGCAAGCUCACCCGGCUCCUGAAGGACUCCCUGGGGGGGAACAGCCGCACGGUGAUGAUCGCCCACAUCAGCCCCGCGAGCAGCGCCUUCGAGGAGUCCCGGAACACCCUGACCUACGCCGGCCGGGCCAAGAACAUCAAGACCAGGGUGAAGCAGAAUCUGCUCAGCGUUUCCUACCACAUCGCCCAGUACACCAGCAUCAUCGCCGACCUGCGGGGCGAGAUCCAGCGGCUCAAGUGCAAGAUUGAUGAGCAGGGAGGGCGAGGCCAGGCCCGGGGACGGCUGGAGCGGGGCGACAUUCGCCACAUCCAAGCUGAGGUCCAGCAGCACCGCGGGCAGGAGGAGCAGGCCAACAUGGGGCAGCUGCGGGAGCAGCUCAUCAGCGCUUUCCAGGAGCAGAUGGACGUGCGGCGCCGCCUGCUGGAGCUGGAGAACCACGCCAUGGAGGUGCAGAUCGACACCUCCCGCCACCUGCUCACCAUCGCCGGCUGGGAGCAGGAGAAGUCACGCAGGGCGCUCAAAUGGCGGGAGGAGCAGCGGAAGGAAUCCUACACCAAGGACGACAGCGAGAAGGACUCGGACACGGGCGAGGACCCGCCCGACAUCGUGGAGCCGCCGGAGAUCAUGGACGAUUACAACCUGGCCGUCCCCCAGCACCUGGAGGAGCUCUAUGAGGUGUACCUGCGGGAGCUGGAGGAGGGCAGCCUGGAGCGGGCCGCCAUCAUGGACCGCGUGGCCUCCAGGGCCCUGCAGGACAGCUCCUUGCCCAAAAUUGUCCCAGCAGGAACCAUGCUGACCCCCGAGGCUGACCUGGAGAGCGUGAAGACGCUGAGCUCUGAGGCCCAGCGCCUGCAGCACAGCAUCCUCCCUCCCCUCAGCACAGAGAGUGAAGCCAACCAUGUGUUCAAGACCAGUCCCCGGGCCUGGCAGGUGAAAAGCUCCUCUGUGCCCACCCCACCCCCCAUCCAGAUCGGCCACCUGGUGACCCAGGAGGCCCCCACUCAGGACAGCCUGGCCAGCCUGAGCAGCCGCAUCAACUCCUCCCCUGACAGCAGCGAGAACCUGUCAGAGAUCCCCUUGUCCCACAAAGAGAGAAAGGAGAUUCUGACCAGCACCAAGUGCAUCUCGGUGAAGGCUGCCCGGAGGCGCUCCAGGGCCCUGGGAGCCGAGGGGCGCCACCUGCUGGCACCGGCCAUGGAGCGCAGCACCCUGUCCCUGCACUCGCAGAGCCCACUGGCCUGCAAGCGGCCUCCCAGCCCCACGCUGCAGCACGCUGCCAGCGAGGACAACCUGUCCAGCAGCACGGGCGAGGCCCCACCCCCGGCGGUCGGGCAUCGAGGGGAAGGCCCUGGGCCCUGGCUGCGGGCCCAGAAGAAAGGCCUGGGCAAGAAACAGGAGGAGUCGCUGGAGGCAAAGAGGAGGAAGCGGAGGUCCCGGUCUUUUGAGGUCACGGGGCAAAGGCUCUCCGGCCCCAAGACACACCUCCUGGGGCCCCGCCCCCUGGAGAGCAUCUCAGACCACAGGAUGCCAGUGUGCGGGCACCCAGCCCCUGGUAUCCGGCAUCUGGGAAAGGUCACGCUGCCUUUGUCCAAGAUCAAACUCCCGCCAAGGCAGAACACAGGCCCCGGGAUUUCCUCCCCACUCGUUGCUCCCUCCAAUCCGGCUGGUGUUUCCCGACGGGCUACCCGUGGGCCCCGCCUGCCCCACGGCACAAGCACCCAUGGCAAAGACGGACGCUUCCGGCAUAACUGAGGGGCCCUGUCUGGAACCCGCCCUCCUGCCCCAAAGACUGAAUGGGGUGUAGUGGGAAAUGGGAGGUGGAGGCUGGGCAGGUGGGGGUGACCUGGAGGCAGGAGCUCAGGAUCUCAGAAGGCCGGGGCUCCUGAGACCCAGGAAUUAUGAGGGUGUCCGCCCAACCCUUCCAUGUGUGCAGUGCCACCGGGGAGGGAGGUGAGCCCAGGAGGCAGGCCAGGAUGACAGCUCCGGGGCCUCCCAGCCUGGGAUGAUGCCAAAACUCUGCACAAACCUGUGGCCAGACUCCGCCUGGGAAGUGGGGGGAGGGAGUUGUUAGGGGGACAGGGCUCCUGGGCCCACACCUGGGGCAAGGGCCUCCUGGCUGGUGGGAAGGACCAGCAGACGGUUCUCAUACGAUGGGGGGAGGGAGGGAAUGUGGUUUCCGUACUUGGCAGUGGCUUCCUUUUUAACAGUAAAACCCCAUUUGGGUCUUGACA